UUUGUUUCCCGGUUUAAAUUAUCGUUUAAGUUCCUAUUCUCCUCAAUUCCGCGUAAACGGACACUCCACGCGUGUCCGUGAUUAUGUGAUCCGCGCAGCGAGGAAAAACGGCGUGAAAAGGAGCUUUAAAGCCAGCAGUCGGUGACACGCGGAAUGUUUGGUGCUACCCGGAAGAAGUUUAUGGAGGGGGGGAUCGAGAGCGAGUACGCUUCGGACGACUCCGGCCUCUACUAUGGCCACACGUCCAUGUUCGCUCCUCAUCGAGCCGACAAAGAUAUGCUGUCGUCUUCCUCCUCAACGAGUCAGCUGUCACAGCUGGGAGCCAGCUUAUACGCCCCACAGAGUGCUCUGGGCUUCCCUCUGCGCGGGAUCAACAGCAGCGCAGCUGCACCGCUAAGUCGAAGCUCGCUGAACCAGCCUGCCAGCCAGCUCUCUGGUCACACCAGUACUCCCAACUCCGGACAGCUGCACACGCCCCCCUCACCCAGCAGGGGGUCCAUCAUGCCCAUAAGUAGCCGGAGCGUGCUGAACCACAACCAGCAGGUCGGCGGACCAACGGGGCAGACGAGCGGGUUAGGAGGUGGGGGAGGCGGCGGGGGGAGGAGCGGCACCAUGGGGAGUCCCAGCCGGUCGUCUCCGAGCAUCAUCGGCAUGCCCAAACAUCAGCAGGCGCGGCAGCCGUUCUCCUUCAACAGGAAUCCAGGCUUCAACAUGAGAGAGUCCUUAACCAGCAACAUCUUCAACGGCACAGACGGCAGUGAGAAUGUAACGGGGUUGGAUCUGUCAGACUUCCCGGCACUGGCGGACCGGAGCCGGAGAGACGGAAAUUCGAAUCCCACGCCGCAGCUCAACCCGCUGGCCGGUCGGGCGCCCUACGUUGGCAUGGUAACCAAGCCAUCCAGUGAACAGUCACAGGACUUCUCGAUCCAUAACGAGGACUUCCCAGCUCUCCCAGGGCCAAACUACCAAACAAAAGACGCCAGCAGCAACAACGACGACAAAACGAACCUGAACUCAUCGGGGAAGGCCUCCUCCAGCGUCGACGGUCCUAAGUUUCCUGGCGAUAAGAGCUCUGCUCCCAGCAACAACAACCAGCAGAAGAAAGGGAUUCAGGUGCUUCCUGAUGGCCGGGUGACCAACAUUCCCGUCGGCAUGGUAACGGACCAGUUCGGGAUGAUCGGCUUGUUGACGUUCAUCCGGGCGGCAGAGACGGAUCCUGGCAUGGUCCACCUGGCACUGGGCUCAGACCUGACGACGCUCGGCCUGAACCUCAACUCGCCUGAGAAUCUCUACCCUAAGUUUGCGUCUCCGUGGGCGUCGGCGCCGUGUCGGCCGCAGGACAUCGACUUCCACGUCCCCUCAGAGUACCUAACCAACAUCCACAUAAGGGACAAGUUAGCAGCCAUUAAGUUGUCUCGGUACGGUGAAGAUCUGCUGUUUUAUCUCUACUACAUGAACGGAGGAGACCUGCUACAACUCCUGGCUGCAGUAGAACUUUUUAAUCGGGACUGGAGGUAUCAUAAAGAGGAGCGGGUUUGGAUAACACGGGCCCCUGGAAUGGAGCCCACGUUAAAAACCAACGCCUACGAAAGAGGGACCUACUACUUCUUCGAUUGUCUCAACUGGAGGAAGGUGGCUAAGGAGUUUCAUCUUGAAUAUGACAAACUAGAAGAGCGACCCCACGUUCCCUCCACUUUCAACUACAAUCCUGCCCAGCAGGCCUUCUGAUUGGCUCUCCUCUCCUGCCUGCCUGCCUGCCAUUGGCCCUCCUGGCUCAUCAGUCCCCGCCCCUCCAGGUUUUCCCACCUCUGCACUCUCUAAUGAAUCUAGCCCGUGAGGACUCAGGACGGUCCCGGCGUCUCUGACAGACUUCAUCAUUUUAACGUUUUUCUCUUUUAUGUUUGUCCUUUUACCUCAUUUUUAUUUUCAUUUUAUUCUCCUCCAUACGUUGCUUUGGUCUGAUGAGUGAAACCCAGACAGAGAGGAGAGCUUUUAAUAACUAUCCAUCUGCUCGACUGAUUCCUUCCUUCAAUCAUCUGAAAACCUGACUGUUGUUUUCUAAGGAGGCUUUUAUGAAGAACCAGAUUUUAACAGAAAACCGGGUUAAUUCGCCCGUCAGAUGGAUACUUAUUUGGCUCUGAUGCAGAACAAGCUGAAAUAUUUUUCAUUUUCACCAGAAAUACAGAUCAGGACACACAUCACCACACUGUGGGCAAUCAGGAGAAAAAAUGCAAUGUACAUUGUAGCACUAUUUCAUAAUAAAAGAGAAAACUAUAUAUUUUUUCUGUUUUCUUGAUGUUAUCUAGUGAAUUUAGAAACAUUUAUUUGGAUCCGGUUCGGUUCUUGACACCUGAAGCAGGUUCUUUAGCAAAUCAGUUAUUCUCAUCCUGUAGGUAAAUCUCACUAACAUUAAUAAAAAGAACUUUCUUUUUAUUGUCAACAAAUCAUAUGGUAGAACCCAAAUCAGUUGGAUGAAUAAACACUUUUUCAGCUGUUUAGUAAAAAUGUGAAUCUCCCAAUUUCUGAUUUAGCUAAAUGAACGUUAAGGCAUUUCAGCUUGACAUCAUAUCCGUUGUAACCCAGUCAGAGAAAUGUAUAAAUGCGGGUUAGAAGUGAGAAACUCAGGGUUCCUACGUAGAAUUUACAGACGUUCUCCUUCACUCUCAAACACUUUUCUGUCAACCAGCCGUUUAAACGGCCUCAGCGGCUACAUUUUGGCGUCGUUUACUGAGAAAAAGAUAUUAAAUGGAGGUUUUGAUCUUCCUUCCCAUUUAUGCCAAAGUUUGGGAUUCUUUUAAACGCUUUAAAAAGUAAAAAAAAAAAGAGGGGGGGGAAAGUAAGACUAAGAAAAAAAAAGGCUUAAAGUGCAUAAUGGCACAGCUAGAAGUUUAGUUUAAUUCAUUUAUUAUGUUCAUUUUAGUUUUAUGGGUUGUUUAAAUGUGCCAAGAAUGAACAACUUCUGUAAACUGGAGGAUAAAACGUUUCCUGGUUAAAGCUGAUUGAAGAGAACAUGUAGAGCAGUCAGGGCGGCGCAGGUUUAAACCGGUUGUUCUCAUUUGUUGACAUUUGUUGAUUUAAAGCCUUUUAGGUUUAAAGGAAGCUCCUAGAUCAGGAUGAAUCUGAGCUGAAGCUGUUCUCCUGGUCAGGGUUAGCCCCGCCCUUUCUUUCACUUUCUCCUAUUUUAUCCAAACAUCAGAUCAAUUUAAAGUCUUAUUUCUUUUUAUUUCAUUCCUCCUGUUUUCGAUCCCCUGCUACAUUCCUCAUCUCCUUACACACGAAGAUGACUUUGGUUUUCUUGCUGAAGCGUGGAUGUUCAUUUUUAGAGCUUUUACAGUGAACCUGGAAACCAGUAGGAAGCGUCGCUCAGCAGAUGGAUAAGUGAUGGCAGCUUUAAGUCUGAUUUUCUUGGUUUGGGGCCAUUUAAGCCGAAAGAACUUUGUGAUUUUUACCUUUUUAGAGCAGCUUUAAAAAGUAUGAGGUGCUAAUUUAGAAGGCUUUCGUGUUUUUGGAGAGUAGCUGCUUCUGCCUGCCUUCCUGCUCAGCUAAUUUACAGCCGGCUGUAAUUAGUGGAUGGAAAGAAAACUGAACUCAGAUUCUGCAAGAAAACCAAACAUCCAAAGCUUUUCUCUAAGGUUCCUUUCACUACAAUAAUAAUUACUUUAUUUCCCAUUCAGUUACCUUAACUUCCCUCCAGGAGGCGCCACUGUGCUGUUAUGUAUAUUUAUUCUGAAUAUAUAUUCAUAACAAGGCGGCAGAGCUAAAGAAAUUUUCCCCCGGCCUCUGAAUGAUGCAAUACGAGACUUCCUGUUAUGUCGAUCGCCAUGACAACAGCUUGGUCAUGCCAGGAGCAGCAAGCCAAGGACACGCCCACAGACCCUGUGACCUGUCUGAGGAGUUUUGAUUGGAGGACUUAGCCGUUGGCUGUUUUAUCAAAUAUGGCAGCUAGUGUUUUAAUAGGAAAAAAAAAAGAAUAAAAUAAAUAUUCUGGUAAUGAAACUGAA